AUGGCGAGGGGCCCGAAGCCCCCGAGAGUCACCGGCCGCUGCUUCCUCUCUCUGCUGAUGCUGAAGAGCUGCUGGCUGCUGGGCGCCACCUCCCAGAAGCCCGCCGUGUUGACGGACUCCCAGCAGCCCCAGCAGGAGUAUGCCCACUCCAUCCGGCUGGAUGGUGACAUCAUCCUGGGCGGCUUGUUCCCCGUGCACGCUCGCGGCGAGAGGGGCGUUCCCUGUGGCGAGCUGAAGAAGGAGAAGGGAAUCCAUCGGCUGGAGGCCAUGCUGUUCGCCAUCGACCUCAUCAACAAGGACCCGGAGCUGCUGCCCAACGUGACGCUCGGGGCGCGCAUCCUGGACACCUGCUCGCGUGACACCUACGCCCUAGAGCAGUCGCUCACCUUCGUCCAGGCGCUCAUCGAGAGGGACGGCUCCGACGUCCGUUGCGCUAACGGAGACCCGCCCAUCUUCGCCAAGCCGGAUAAAGUGGUGGGCGUCAUCGGGGCGUCGGCCAGCUCCGUGUCGAUCAUGGUGGCCAACAUCCUGCGACUGUUUAAGAUCCCUCAGAUCAGCUACGCCUCGACGGCUCCGGAGCUCAGCGACAACACGCGCUACGACUUCUUCUCCCGCGUGGUUCCUCCGGACUCCUACCAGGCUCAGGCCAUGCUGGACAUCGUCACGGCGAUGGGCUGGAACUACGUGUCCACGCUGGCCUCCGAGGGGAACUACGGCGAGAGCGGCGUCGAGGCCUUCGUCCAGAUCUCCAGAGAGUCAGGUGGUGUUUGUAUCGCUCAGUCUCUGAAGAUUCCUCGCGAGCCGAGACCCGGCGAGUUCAACAAGAUCGUCCUGCGUCUGCUGGAGACGCCAAACGCUCGCGCUGUCAUCAUGUUUGCAAACGAGGACGACAUCCGGCGAAUCUUGGACGCGGCGAAACAGAACAACCUGACGGGUCACUUCCUGUGGGUGGGCUCCGACAGCUGGGGCUCCAAGAUCUCUCCGGUGGUCCAGCAGGAGCGGGUGGCCGAGGGCGCCGUCACCAUCCUCCCCAAGAGGGCGUCCGUGGACGCGUUUGACCGCUACUUCAAGAGCCGCUCCCUGUCCAACAACCGCAGGAACGUCUGGUUCGCCGAGUUCUGGGAGGAGAACUUCGGCUGCAAGUUGGGGAUGCAUGGCAAGAGACCCGGCAGCCCCAAGAAAUGUACAGGGCUGGAGAAGGUCGGCCGGGACUCCACCUACGAGCAGGAGGGGAAGGUUCAGUUUGUGAUGGACGCCGUGUACGCCAUGGCGCACGCUCUGCACCACAUGCACCGCGAGCUUUGUGCCGGGUACCCCGGGCUGUGCCCGCGCAUGGCCAACAUCGACGGCAAGGAGCUGCUGGCCCACAUCCGCGCCGUCGGCUUCAACGGAAGUGCAGGGACUCCGGUCACCUUUAAUGAGAACGGCGACGCUCCCGGACGAUACGACAUCUUCCAGUAUCAGAUCAACAACAAGUCGACGGCAGAGUACAAGGUCAUCGGACACUGGACCAAUCAGCUGCAUCUAAACAUGGAGGCCCUGCAGUGGACCAGCGGCGACUCCUCCCUGCCGGCCUCGGUGUGCAGCCUGCCCUGCCGGACCGGCGAGAGGAAGAAGGUGGUGAAGGGCGUCCCGUGCUGCUGGCACUGCGAGCGCUGCGAGGGUUACCACUUCCAGGCCAGCGAGUUCACCUGCGAGCUCUGCUCCUACGAGAAGAGGCCCGACCGGAACCGCACAGGCUGCCAGCCCAUCCCCAUCAUCAAGCUGGAGUGGCACUCGCCCUGGGCGCUGCUGCCCGUCUUCAUCUCCGUACUGGGCAUCAUCGCCACCACCUUUGUCAUCGUCACCUUCGUCCGCUACAACGACACCCCCAUUGUUCGCGCGUCCGGGCGGGAAAUGAGCUACGUGCUGCUGACAGGCAUCUUCCUGUGUUACAUCAUCACCUUCCCCAUGAUCGCCGCGCCUGAUAUUGUCGUCUGCUCCUUCCGCCGCAUCUUCCUGGGCCUCGGCAUGUGCUUCAGCUACGCCGCGCUGCUCACCAAGACCAACCGCAUCCACCGCAUCUUUGAGCAGGGCAAGAAGGCCGUGACGGCGCCGCGCUUCAUCUCGCCGGCCUCCCAGCUGGUCAUCACCUUCUCGCUCAUCUCCGUCCAGCUGCUGGGCGUCCUCGUGUGGUUCGCCGCCGACCCGCCGCACACGUUCGUGGACUACGGCGAGCAGCGCACGCAGGAUCCCGAAAACGCCCGCGGCGUCCUCAAGUGCGACAUCUCCGACCUGUCGCUCAUCUGCUCGCUGGGCUACAGCAUCCUCUUGAUGGUCACAUGCACUGUUUACGCCAUCAAGACGCGCGGCGUGCCAGAGACCUUCAACGAGGCCAAACCCAUUGGAUUUACUAUGUACACGACCUGCAUCAUCUGGCUCGCCUUCAUCCCCAUCUUCUUCGGCACGGCACAGUCGGCGGAGCGCAUGUACAUCCAGACGGCCACGCUGACCGUCUCCCUCAGCCUCAGCGCCUCCGUCUCUCUGGGCAUGCUCUACAUGCCGAAGGUCUACAUCAUCAUCUUCCACCCCGAGCAGAACGUCCCCAAACGCAAGCGCAGCUUCAAGGCCAUCGUCACCGCCGCCACCAUGACCAGCAAGCUGUCGCAGCUGGCGGCCGAGCGGCCCAACGGCGAGGUGAAGACAGAGCUGUGCGAGGGCGUGGACGCCGGCGUGCCGCCAACAAAAAACACCUACGUCAGCUACACCAACCACGCCAUGUGAAAAUACACCUUCGACUCGAGGACGUCCUGGGACAUUCAACGAGCAGAUUUCUGUCAGACGCCACCAAAACAGGAAGGAGGCGCUCUGAAGGAUCGGAACAACCGACAGACUGAACCAACACAUCUGUGGUGUUUUAAUGUUUACAGACAGCAGGGAACAGGCCUGAACGGCCCAAAACCUGAAGGGAGCACAAGUCAAAACUAUCGGAGAGGAAGCAGGUGGAUGGCGACCUGAAAGAUAAAAAAUAAUAAUAAUUAAAACAAGUCUUC